AUGGCUGUCUUCAGUAGCAAGAAGUUCCCGUCCAAGGCGGACACCAACACAUUUGCUGCCCAGUACCGGGCCCAGAUGGCCAAGCGGCCGUUUCUGCUGUUCGGCCUGCCCUUCGUCGCUGUCAUGAUAGCCGGCUCCUUCGUCUUGACGCCCGCCACAGCCAUCCGGUACGAAAAGCAUGACAGGCGCGUGCGCCAGGUGACCAGAGACGAAGAGCUGAAUAUGCGACGGUCGGCGCGCAAGGUCGACAUGAAGGAAGAAUACUACCGGCUUGCGGCCAAGGACAUCGACAACUGGGAGCAGAAGCGUGUCAAGCGGUUCAAGGGCGAACACGACGGCAUCAUCGGCGAGUAG